UUAAUUUUAAUAAAUAACUACGAUAUAUUUCUCGAUUAUUCGAAAUGGGAUGGAAAGAAAGAAUCGCUUUGUUUUGUUAUUGGGGUGGUGCAGUCAAACUUGGAAGUAUCAUUACGCUGGUGACAUGUUUGAUUGUUCACGUGAUCUUCUUCGCCCAAGCGUUGCCAACAUUUUUAACGGGUGCCAAAGUAAGCUGCAGUUUCUGGGCUAACGUGAUGAUAUACAUCGUCGCUCAACUGGCUGUUUUCUCCAUCUCUCUAAUCGGAACAAUUUCUGAUAGUAAAUUUUUGCUCAUGUUGGGUUGUUACGCUGAGCCAUCGUGUUUGGUUAUUGGUUUGGGUAUCGCUGUCGUUUUGUUGGUGAUUUGUCAUAUUCACGAUUACUCGAAAUCUCAUUUAAUACCUUGUUCGAUGGGGUAUUGGUUUUUUCGUCCCUAUAGGAGUAUUUCUGGUUCACUCGUAUAUUGUAAUUGAAAAACGAUUCGAAGAUCUUCUUGAAGCUCAUCGGAAGAAAAGAUCUCCUGCUCCUUCUGCUACUAGUUCGUCAACACGUUCUCCAUCUUGAUAUAUUUAUAAAGUUACUAAAAUAUUUGUAAUAAAAUAGGUACCUAUCCUUUGUCGAGUUAUUAUUUUGGUAUUUGAUCUUGAUGAGAAAUUACUGGUUGACGUGAUUUUAUUCUGCUAUUUGCAUCAGAUUGAUAAGAACUGCUUUCAAAAUCACUUUAGAUAACAUUAGGUAGGUAAUUUAUCAACAUCAAGACGUAAAAAUGGCUGUACCCAGGAUUCGUUUCGCAUUCGGUGUUUUUGGAGACUUACGAAUAGCUUGUUUAAUUGUUUUCGCAGUUCUUUUGGUAAAGUAUCAAUUCAAUAGUUUAACCGAGUGAUCCAGCAGUAGUUCAUCGAGUCAUUUUACAGCUUGUCAGCGGUUUUUGUGUCAAUAAAUACAUCGGUAUGAAUAUACACGCGAGAGCAUUACAACGAAAUGCGAAGAAUAUCUCUAAAGAAGAAAUUGAUAAAAUAAACAAAACUGGUGAGUUGAAAACAAUAAUUCAGUACAUCAGUGACUAGAGUUUUAAUCGAAUACGUGUUUUUUGACCUGAUAGAAAUUACAGUAAGUCAUAGAGGAUCUUUUAUUAUUGGAACUGUAGGUACGAUAUAUCUCACUUCUUCAAUCUAUGGCCUUAUCGGUAUCCUCGCUGUAAGUGGAUGCUUUCGAUAUUUUCCAAGCUCUUAUUAUCGAUUCGAAUUUUUUAAUAGAUGUGAUCUUUCAUAUUUUUCACAGACAGAAAUACAUUUAUUGAAAGCACCCAUGGUACUGCUGCCAUUAGCAGCGUUCGUCAUGAUCGUAUUAAUAUUUUACGAUUUGGGUGUGCAGGAAUCUGAUGGAUGGGUCUCUGUGGUUUUCUGGUUCAUUACCGGAUUCGUCUUUAAAAUUAUUUCCGCUGUUGCCUCGAUUUAUGCCUUCAUUGUGGUGUUUAGUUACUACGUGGAAGUGACUCAAGGUCCUCUACCUGAACUUCAAGAGAAAGUUACUUCAUCUCCGACCUUGUUUUCAUUUCCAACGUCACCCGAUAGACCAAAGAAAUUUGAAACGCCACCGCAGCAAUUAUCCCCUGGAAAAUCACCUCCUCCUAAACCACCACCUCCCAGAACACCACCUUCACGUGGACGAUCUCCUCAACAAAGUCGAUCUUCGCCAAGAAGAUAAUAGAAAAAGAUUCCAUAAACGUGCGAUCCUCUUCUGUUCAAUAUUUUUUGAUUUUUGUACCCUUCAAAGUUGAAGUUAUGCAACCAAAACUAAAUUCUAAGCUGGUGUUGAAGAAGUUGCAUAAGCGAAUUGCUGUAAAUACGUUUGAUUUUUAUUUUUUGUAAGAUGAGGUUUGUUAAUUACAUAAGAAUGUAAUUUAUUAGUUUAAAACUAACGAAAGAAAAAUAAAAGUUAAUUGAACACCAAAAAAAAAAAAAAAAAAUUGAAAAAUAAUUUUUGAAGAACAGCAUGAAAAUUCAUCAAACUGUCAUGUCAGUAUUCGAGGUAAUUAAUUGGUUCUCAGGUUCUGAGUUCUGGUAAAAAUAAACAAAUCUGAAAAAUUCCAAAAUCCCUUCAUCUCAUGUUCAUCUCACACUUUUUUCAUUUGAAAUUAUCAUCACAAAAUAUUAUCACUUAUAAAAUAAAAUUCAAGCAAUUUGUUUUUGACAAUAAUGAAAUUUCUUAUAGAUGAGGGAUAAAUGGAAAGAAAACGACUUUCUCUUAAACCUCAACAGUACACCAGAUAUUACCAAUUGGCAAUUUCUGUCUCUUUAGUAGUAGGUAAGUGUAAAAAUCAAUAAGUCUUUGAGUACCUACCUAUUCUGUAAAUUUAAAAUUUCAAUUACCUAAUUCCAGGUUAUUAAUUGCGCCAUGUUAAUAUGUU